GGUAAAUGUGGGUCAUAUCUCGGCGCGCUCUCAGCCUUGCAUUUCCGAUCUGUCGCUUGCUGUCACCCCCUGUCGGUGCUUUUUUUAGUGGCGGUAAGGAUCUAAAGGACAGAAAAAAAAAGUUGUCGUCGCAACCCCCUGUACAAUACACGUUAUACAUAGUACACACGCUAUUCACGGAUUGCUUAGAAAUGGAUGCUUCCGUCAGCUAAACUUCCCAACACACAAUUUCUUCUCAAAUUUUUCUUUCUUUAACCCUUCGAUUAUAUCUCUCUGGGAAUUAUGCCAAUUCAUUUUCUCUACGACGUAUUCGCCAAUGGCGCCCCGGCUUGGGUGCCCGGGUGGGCGCGCGACCCUUGGACCCUAUUCCAAAUCGGAGCUGUCGCCGGGUUCCUAUACCUUUCGAAGCGAUACUUUAGCGGAACAUCGACUACAGCGGAACGUAAAAUGCACGGCCGAGUAGUCAUGAUAACCGGCGGAACAACAGGAAUAGGUGCCGCUGUAACACGGAAUUUGGCUGAACGAGGAGCGCAGAUCGUCCUUCUUACACACCUACCACCGUCAAACCCGUUCCUUGCCGAUUAUAUUGGAGAGCUACGUCAGCAAACAAAAAACCAAAUGAUAUACGCAGAGCAGGUCGACCUCUCUUCUUUACAUAGCAUUCGUAAAUUUGCUACAAAAUGGAUCGAUAACGCACCACCCCGCCGAUUAGAUAUGCUGAUUCUAUGUGCUGCCACCGUUACACCGCCAGGGGGUCAACGCAUAGAAACGGAGGAAGGAAUUGAAGAGAUGUGGAUGGUCAAUUACCUUGCCAACUUCCAUCUGUUGGGAAUAUUAAGCCCAGCUCUCCGAGCCCAGCCUUUCGACCGGGACGUACGAAUCAUUAUUCCGACCUGUUCCUCUUACAUCCGGUCUCCUUCCCUAAACAAUGCGCUCGUGAAAAAGGAAUGGACUCCGGGAAAAGCCUACGCUCGAAGCAAGUUGGCGUUGAUGGUGUUCGGGCAAGCGUACCAAAAGCAUCUGGAUGCGUACAAACGACCGGACCAACUUCCAAUGAACUCCCGAGUUAUAUUUGUUGACCCCGGCUUUACGCGCACUCCGGGAAUGCGGCGUUGGCUAACACGUGGCUCACUCUGGGGACUUGCGUUUUAUAUGAUCUCCUAUAUUGUACCCUGGUUCGUGCUUAAAAACCCGGAGAUGGGUGCUCAGUCUAUUCUUCACGCUGUAAUGGAUCCACGGCUAGGGAUGGGACCAGGCGGUAAGCUUAUCAAGGAAUGUUCCGAGGUCGAUUUUGCGAGGAUGGAGGUGAAGGACGAAGAGGUAGCAAAGAAGCUAUGGGAAGCCAGUGACAAGCUUAUUGAGAAGACCGAGAAGGAACAGGCGGCGCUAAGAGUCUUGGAGAAGAAGAAGCAAGAGUUAAAAGAGCAGGAGAAGAAGGAAGCAGAAAAGGUGGAGGAAUUCGAUUCGUUAAUAAAUACGAUCAAGAAGGGAAAGGAGGCCGAGAAGAAGACUUCGAGGCGGAAAGGCAAGAAGGCUUCGUCAUGAAUAGAUUUCCUAAAUCCAGUUUAAUA